AUGACAGAGGUAUUAGAAUCGCCUUCACUGGGGUCCUUUUAUAGUGCUUUGGAGCAUGCCUUUCGCUCUAAAUCAUCUUUGGGAAGUUCGACUAAUAGGUUUUAUGAACCUAAAAAGUACCAACCAAGACAUCGGGAUCCAACAAAUCCAUUUAAUAUAAUUUAUGGAGCACCCUACUCAGCACAUCAAGAUAUCAAUAAGCUACCUGCCGAGCCACCUACGACCAAAUUUGGAAACAAGACACAUACAGAUGAAGAUAAUAGGCGCUCACAAUACCCAGCACGAGCAAAUAUACUCGAUCAAGGAACGAAUGUAAAGACUACGGGGUCUAUUAUAUCAAGAUCUGCUUCAGUUAGGAAUAGAAACCACAUAAAAGAACGAAACCACAUGGUCAAGAAACAAGACUUAAUCAGUGAUCAAAAUGAUGAACUGGGAAAGUCUAGAAAGCCAAAAAAGGCUUUAAAGUUUAGCUUCCCUGUAAAGAGAAAGACGUCGUUGAAAAGAAGACCGAAAUAUAGACCAUUGGAUCUGAUAAAUUCAAAAUUUAAUACAAUUGAAGAUCUACAAUCCUUUUGGGCCCAUAAUGAAGUUGAAUAUUUACAAAGAGAAAUGCUUCCCAAAUACGUUCAGUUAUUCGAAUAUGCCAGACUUAUGAAUAUCCAGCCAGUCCUUAAAAACAUGAAGGCUAGGAUUCAGUUUCUUAAUAGAGUUGACUUCGAAGUCUUUCCACAUCAUGUCAGCUCCAAAAUUAUCACACAUCCCCAUGAUGAAACUUUGAAAGAAAAUAAUACCCAGAGCUAUCCUCGAAAUCAACGAAGUAGCAAAUCUUUUAGUUUAGUUGAGGCUGCAUUCGCGAGAUACAAGGAUACUGUCUUCAAUAGAAAAGCUAACGUGGCACCUAAGUUUAAUGAAGUUUAUGAUGACAGUUCAGAUCAAGGAUUAUUAACAUCAGCAGAGAUGGAAAAUGUCAAUAGGAGACUCUUGUGGGAAGUUUUACUCAGAAGAACCAUAGCAGCCAAGAUUCAGUAUAGACUAUCUCAUAACAGCUUCAAUUUAUCUCACGAAAGGUCACACCCGAAAAUCAAUCUGAAAUCAUAUUCCCCUAAGACAAGACCUUCAGAUUUUGAGAAAUUUAAUCCAGAGUAUAACCGUGAGACAUCACUCGAUACUACUGAUAUAAUGCAACACAACGCUUCUUUGAUAUCAGGUAUGCUUCCAUCACCUCAGCUUAGCGACCCUUCUGACAUUUUUGGCAGCCUUCUUCAUAGAGAUGAAAGUUUAGUGGGUCGCAAUUACAGUAAUAAUACUAGAGACAAGAGCCAGAGUCCCACCUCGUCAUCAGUUUACUCCUCUCCACAAUCAGGUAGGGCCUCAACAAAGGAGGGAGUCAAGGCGUCUCCUGAACUGUUAUUCAUUAACAAUUUCAACAAAACUUACUUUGCUCAAUAUGGAAAGAGUGAUAACUUUGGUGAUGGAAAGUUAGUUAGCUCAAGUUCCUAUAGAAUCAAACCAAUCAACAGAUCAGUUGGGACAUUAUCAAGUUCUGAAAUAUCGUCAGACUCCCUUACUCAUAGUAUGCCCUUCGAAAGGGUACAAGAAAAAAUACCGAGUCCAUCUUCACCACCGAAACAUCUUACAGAUAAACUGCAUGAUGAAAAAUUAGACAAAAACACCUCUUAUACCGAGGACGCAUUGGUGGCGUAUAGUAAUUGGAAUGAAUCUGACGUGACUACAAGUCAAAGUCAUGGCUUCAAAAGAGAUCCUGGAGAUGCUCACAGAACAACAAACAUGAAUAUUGGAUCUUCACGUAAUCUUCUUCCGAAAAGUAGCGAAAAGCUCAUGAAUACUUUAAGGAAAUCGGAUAAUGGCUAUCAAGUUGUAAAACCAACGAUGCCUGUUCAUCCCCAUACAAACGAUAGUGUGGAGAUAAUCUCUUUGAAAGGAUCUAUAUCCGAGGCCACAUCUUCGACUAAUUCAGCAACAACUUAG